UCCUCCAACCUGGAUGCAGACCGUUCCACUUUGCCUUUCUUUGGGUUUGAGAAAUUUCAGGCAAGAACGCAGCCCGAGCCAAAGUAGGUCAUUAUGGCAUCCUCAUACCGCACGGGAAUAUCGUCAAUGUCCCUGUCCUCUUUGCCCGUGACCGGCCCACGGCGGGCUGCCAGCCUGUACUCCGGUUCUGGCAGAAAUGUGAAGGUAUCCUACGGCACUGGGUUAAGUUCAGGCAUGGACAUGGGCUGGUCACUCAGCGGCGGCGUCAUGGAUGGCAGCAACUUCGCCUUCACCGGAAGCGAGAAAGGGACCAUGCAGAACCUCAACGAUCGCCUGGCCACUUACUUGGACAAGGUGCGAUCCCUGGAGAGCGCCAACGCCAAGUUCGAGCGUCAAAUCCGCGAGUGGUACGACAGGCAGACUCCCAUUUUGAGAGAUUACACCAAGUACGAGGCAAUCAUCGCUGACCUGCGCAAAAAGAUUAGUGAUGCUGCUCAGAUCAAUGCCAGGUUGAUGCUGCAGAUUGACAAUGCAAGGCUGGCAGGAGAGGACUUCAGGAUCAAGUUUGAGAAUGAGCUGGCUGUACGCAUGUCAGUGGAGGCAGACAUUGCUGGAUUGCGCAAAGUCGUGGAUGACCUGACCGUGGCUCGCACUGACCUGGAGAUGCAAGUGGAGGGCCUGAAGGAAGAACUGGUCUACCUGAAGAAGAACCAUGCUGAGGAAAUGGCGGCAUUGCGAAACCAAGUGAAUUCCUGCGCUGUGAAUGUCGAAGUGGAUGCCAGACCCCAGGAGGACAUGUCCAGAACCAUUGACGAGAUCAGAAGACAGUACGAGGCUAUCACAGAGAAGAACCGCCGUGACAUGGACAACUGGUACAAGUCCAAGUUUGACGAGUUGAACAAGCAAGUCACCAACAGCACACAGAUCCUUCAGACCUCUCGCACUGAAAUUAGUGAGCUCCAGAGGACAUUGCAAGCCCUGCAGAUUGAACUCCAAUCCCAGUGUAGCCUGAGAUCUGCUGUGGAGAGUCAGUUGGCGGAAACAGAGGCUCGUUACGCCCUGCAGCUGAGCCAGCUCCAGGCUGUUGUCAACGGCCUAGAAAAUGAGCUCAGCCAGAUGAGGUUGGACAUCGAGAGGCAGGCGUCGGAAUACCAGGUGUUGCUUGACAUCAAGUGCAGGCUGGAGAUGGAGAUCGCUGAGUACAGAAGACUGCUGGAUGGAGAAGAUGUCAAGACCAUACAAAUAGUCAAAGAAGUCAAAUCUCAACCAAUCAUAACCCAAAGAAGAAGAGUUGUCAUUGAGGACAUAGUUGAUGGAAGAGUGGUGGCCCGCAAAGAAGAUGUGGACAAUGUCCGCAAGAAUUAGAAACACCGGAUCCCGACCAACAGAUCUGUCAAGUAAUAGAUUUAAAAAAAAUUAAUCUCAUACUUAUUAUUGGAUAUCUUUGUUUGUGACACAACAUUAGCGUGUCAUGUCAAUAAUUCACCAAAAAGGAACUGGAACGAGGAGAUGAUUGCAAUUCCCGUCAGUUUUGUAAUAUAAGACACUACACCAUCAAAUGCCAAUAAAUGAUUUGUAUGACCAUAAAA